UGUGAAAACGCUCUAUCCUGGAAGCCUGGGGCGGAUCUGGGAAGCGGAAGUUUCGUAUUCACAGAGCUGUCAUCCAUUUUCUCUUAUCCGUUUUGUAAACAAGGUGCUGGGAAGAGGCUCCAUAUUUAUUGCGCGACAACAGACGAGACAUGGGGGGAGUCCUAGGCCUGUGCUCCGCGGCGAGCUGGGUAAUAGAUCUGGGAAGAUGGAGGAGGGCUGUGGCCAUGUUAUCCUUAUACUGGGUAGAGAGGGGUGCUGGAUCUGGCUGUAAUAUUGACUGUAUUUGUAUCAUAAUGAGGAAGCAGAUCCCAAUACGGCCAUAACCAGGGCUGGGUCUGUUUACAGCUCACAGACCUGUCUCUAAUGCCUGAUUGUAAAUCUUUCUCUCUCUUAUAUUUAUCUUCAUUACAGCAGAACUCUUUAUUUUUUUCAUGGGGAAAAAACUAAACUUAGUAUUUUUAUGUAGUGCUUUGUUAACAAUAAUGACAAAUUUACUUUGGCAGGUUUCUUUUCCCUGUUUUUUUUUUUAAAUUUUUUUAAUGUAAAUUCAAAUAUGUAUAGUGAAAUAUACAGAAUGUCUUCAAAUAUAUUUUCUUUAUCUUUUUUAAAGUUUGUUAGUAGAGGUAGUUAUGAAAUUUAAUUAGACGACUAUUCAAUACGUUUUAAAUUGUUGGAAAUGAAAUGUUGAAUUUCUGGCUAAAAUAGCAAAUGUCUCCUACUGACAAUCAUCUGUUUUUAAAAAAAACAAAAAAACUUAACAUUUGGCAUAUUGCUGCAAUCGGCGUGCAUGUGCCAGGGGCCCUCAGUACUUUUCCAUGGAAAAUUAUCUGAUAAAAUAAUCAAUCAUGAUGAGCAUUGUUCCCAUCGUAAGUAAUUGUAUUUAUUUUAGCCUUGGUGUUCUUUAAAAUAGUCUGGUAUGGAUCUUCAUUGAAAUAUCAUAAUUAUGUGGACAAACCUAUGUUUACUAGUAUGUGGCCAUAUGGAUACUUAGAGACUGUGUCCCCUUGUCAUUUUGUAAAAGGUGGUUGAUGGGAACAGGCAUCUUCUUGUAACACACAAUUGAUCCCAGUAGUAUCUUGUGUUUGAUGACUGGGUGCUCAUGAGAGUUGGAGAGAGGAGCUGAAGAUAGUUUGCGCUGGGCAUCCUCUACCGCCAGCAAAAUCAAUAUUAUUAGAGGCUGAUAAUUGGUCAAUCUCCACUUUGUGCACCCGGAUCCUCAUUCCUCGUGCCACUAUCUUCGAAUUAGAAACAGCAAUGUAACCUCACUGCCUACUCUUCCCCACUGUAUGCUAUCGGGGAGCACUUUAGAGAUGGUCGUACAUGCCCAGUAAGCCAAGAGUGAUGAAAAUUUAACUAGGCAUGCAUGGUGAUCAAAAAUUUUGUGAGGCAACGGAGGACAGACAGGAUAGAGGUGAGUAUUGUGGGAAAGUUAUCUUGACAAAGGAAGUGUGGCUUGCCUUAAGCUCCACCCUUUUUCCAAAAUUGUCUAGUGUAGGGAAAAAAUACAAAAGACAAAGUCCCUAGUUUGUCUUUUGUUUUAAAGAGAAGUAGAGCAGAAAUGACUAAAAUAGGAACAGAUUGGUAAAGAAGAAGAGUGGAGGAAACCAUAGGAGAAAGGUACGUUUGAGGUGACAGAGCCACGUUAAUAUAAUAGGUGAGAUUUAUUUACCUUAUAUCCCAUGGCUUGUUGAUUUUGUCACGGCCACCUCGCCUCCUCGGCUGAUGAUAUCCAUCAUGAUGAUCUCAGCCAAUCAAAUCUUUACCCGUAGGGAAGCAUUGGCAAGCUAUUGUGGAUGUGCCAAUAAAAUGCUCUUUAUAAUAACUACUCAUUGAAUAACUGAGUCUUUCUACAAAAAUUUUUUUACAUUGCAAGGUUGAAUAGGCAGGAGCAGUGUGUCAUUGGUUUUAUUUUUAAAGGAUCACUAUAGGGUCGGGAACACAAACCUGUAUUCCUGACCCUUUAGUGAAAACCCACCAUUUAGGUGGCUUGCCCGCCCCCAGCCCUUUAGCCCCCUCAGAAUGAGUUAAAACUCACCUUAUUUCCAGCUUAAUUAUCUGGAAGUGUUUGCAUAAAAUUGCCCGAAGGAAGCUAUUAUACUCACCAGAACAACUACAUUAAGCUGUAGUUGUUCUUGUGACUAUAGUGUCCCUUUAAAUGUUGUUAGAUAUACAUAUAGAAUAUCAAAAGCCAUUUUAGUCCUUUGAAAACCUAUAUGGGUGCACUUAAAGGGACACUAUAGUCACCUGAACAACUUUAGCUUAAUUAAGCAGUUUUGGUGUAUAGAACAUGUCCCUGCAGCCUCACUGCUCAAUCCUCUGCCAUUUAGGAGUUAAAUCCCUUUGUUUAUGAACCCUAGUCACACCUCCCUGCAUGUGACUUGCACAGCCUUCCAUAAACACUUCCUGUAAAGAGAGCCCUAGUUAGGCUUUCUUUAUUGCAAGUUCUGUUUAAUUAAAAUUUUCUUAUCCCCUGCUACGUUAAUAGCUUGCUAGACCCUGCAAUAGCCUCCUGUAUGUGAUUCAAGUUCAAUUUAGAGAUUGAGAUACAAUUAUUUAAGGUAAAUUACAUCUGUUUGAAAGUGAAACCAGUUUUUUUUUCAUGCAGGCUCUGUCAAUCAUAGCCAGGGGAGGUGUGGCUAGGGCUGCAUAAACAGAAACAAAGUGAUUUAACUCCUAAAUUACAGUGAAUUGAGCAGUUAAAUUGCAGGGGAAUGAUCUAUACACUAAAACAGCUUUAUUUAGCUAAAGUAAUUUUAGGUGAUUAUAGUGUUCCUUUAAAGAGAAACCCUUAAAGGGACACUCCCGGCACCCAGAUCACUUCUGCGCCUUUGGAGUGGUCUGAGUGCAGACUCCCACCACCCUUAACCCUGCACGUGUAAUUAUUGCAGUUUUUAUAAACAGACAGCCAAUAGAGGGACGUCCGUGUUCUUAGAACACAAAGUGUUUUAAACGAUGCUAGAUGUCUUCACACUAUGCAUGAGGACCUCCAGCAUUGCAGGAAUCCUCAUAGGAAAGCAUUAAAUAAUGUUUUCCUAUGGGGAGGUCUAAUGCAUGUGCGGUCACUGACAUGCAUGCGCAUUAGGUCUCCCUCGCCAGCUGUCGUGGGCAGAGCCUGACCCAGCACCAAGGGACAUCGGCGCUGGAUUCAGGUAAGUCACUGAAGGGGUCUUAACCCCUUCAGCAACGUGGGGGUGGGAGGGAGACUGCAGGAACAGAUAUGUUUUUCUUGCACUGGAGAGUCACUUUAAAUUGCAGUGGAACAAACACAUAGCACAAAUUCUUGGUGUUGUUUUAUUUUAGAAGUUGGACAGUUCCCUCUGUCUUAAAUUGGUUAGAACGGCUCUCUAAACAUCAUAACCACUACAACUAAUUGUAUUGGUUCGUUUUCUAGAGUGUUUUACCAUCAACACCCUAUUUUAUAUAAAAACCAUUUAAAUUUGGAUUGACCAAAACUCAGGCUUUCCACAGCAACAGGAGACCAUUUCCAUUCUAAAUGUAUUUAUUAUUCCAGGUCACUGCCCCCUGAGAUUAUAGGCAUUGUAACAACUACAUCACGCUAUAGUGGUUAAAUGGUUCAGAGUGUAUAUUAAAUCCUGGAGGACAAUCUGCUUCAGAAUGAAAUACCAAUAUAUUAAAUAUACAAUCAUCACUUAUUUUUUUUUUUUUUUUAAAUCUUCUCCAGAUUCCUUGUCUAUGUGGCACUGCGCCAUGUCUGCUGUGCCGAUGCUGCCCAAGUGGGAACAACUCCACAAUAACACGCCUUAUAUAUGCCUUCUUCUUACUGCUUGGAGUAGCAGUUGCCUGCAUCAUGUUAUUACCAGGGAUGGAAGAGCAGCUCAAAAAGGUUGGUAGAUUUUCGCAGAUACGGAUAUUACAGUUUUCUCAACACACAUUCUAACAGCUGAUAUAUAAUGUUUUAAAUAAGUAUAAAAAGUGGAUAUUAGAUAUGUUCUCAUGGGUAUCCAGGAGUAGUUAUGGUAGGUGUGAUAUACUUUUAAAUGUAGGAUAAAAUAAUAAAUAAAUAAAACUUGAUAGAUAUUGGUGGACUUGGAUGGCAGUUAUAAAUAUAACAUGAAGUAUAGAAGUCCCAAAUAUACAAAUUCUAAGUAACAGUCUUGAAAGUAUCAGUCUUUAAAAUGUCACAAUAUGGUAUUGAUACAAUUCAUGCAAUGUUAGCUUGUAUCAGGUAGCUCCAGCUAUUGAACCAGCUGGGGUUUUUCUCCUGAACAGGCUAUUAAAUAUAGUACUAUUAGUGAUAUUUUCCCCAAUAUUUUAUCACUAAUUUGUACACUGCAUAUAAAAAUACACACUAUAAGAUCCUGUAUAGUGAUCUUGUGUGUCAGCUUUAAAUCUGAGAAUUUUUAUUCUCAAACCACAUGUUUUAAAGAAAUAUGUUUGAAAAUGAUGUAGGUGGUUUUCUAAACAUUUAAUAUGAUAGUGUAUAUGACAUUAUUCCUUUUGCAUGUAGAUCCCAGGAUUUUGUGAAGGUGGAAUUGGAUCCUCUAUUCCAGGGGUGAGCGGUCAUGUGAAUUGUGACGUUCUGGUUGGGUACAAAGCCGUGUACCGGGUGUGCUUUGGGAUGGCCAUGUUUUUCCUUCUGUUCUCACUACUCAUGAUUAAAGUGAAGAGCAGCCAGGACCCUCGAGCCUCAGUGCACAAUGGGUAAGACUGGAUGAGAUGGCAGCAUAUAUUGUAUUAAUUUAAAGAAUUCCAAUAGUUUUUAUUUAUGCACUCUUCACAGUGAUACUGGCAAUGAGCCAAACAAGCUGAACAUGCAUAAAUUCCUUAAAUUUACACAAUAUUUUGAUUCUGUAUGUGCAUUGUUUUCAAGCAGCCCUUUGCUGCAGGAUGUGUAACUUUAUCUUCCGCUGACUGGAACAAGAGUUCCAUUCUGGCUAAUGUAAAUUCUGUGCAUAUUAGUCUGUUGUCAGUACACAUAGUGGUUACAGACAACCAAUAGUAUCAUGCCCAACCCCUUGUCACCCAAGUCCCUCCCAAAGCUUCUCCACACUGACAUCCCACCCCCUCCAGUAAUGGAAAGUCAUGUUAUAGGAGAAUUCACUGCCAGGAGAACUUAACCUUGGAGCUGAGACAGAGGUAUUUUUAAAUCUUUAUUUUGUAGGGGUACAAGCGGACAGUAAAGUAAGGGUUACUCUGACCAAAAACAGUGUUUGAUUAAAAUGAUGUUUUUGGUUGCAGUAACCCUUAUGGCCAUGCUACCCAAAAUUGUCCAGGUUGUAAAUUUAAUCUUUAACUUUUCCAUUUUAAAUAAUUUUGGGCACGACAAUGAAUGUGUUAUUUUACACUACUUUAAAACUACUACAGUGUUUCAUUUCUGACAAUUUACAUAAGCAAUAUAAUAAAAAUGUAUUCUGUUUUCACAGAUUCUGGUUCUUUAAGUUUGCCGCAGCCGUUGCAAUAACUGUUGGUGCGUUUUUUAUCCCUGAAGGACCCUUCACAACAGGUGAGUUCUAAUUGUUUUUUUUAAAUGUAUUGGAAUUGCACUGACCUAAAAUUUAUUUUUGUUAUUAGCACCAGUGAUGAUAAAUCUUCCAUAAAUGAGUGUCAUUCUAUUGUAACUAUAUAUUUAAUCUCUACACUGUGCUUUAAAAAAUAUUUGAUUUGCGUUUGUCUGCCCAGCUCUGCCAUGUGCUUACACCAUACAACAUGCUUCUGAUCAUUUGAACUCAUUUUUUUUCUUCUAGUUUGGUUUUAUGUUGGGAUGGGUGGAGCAUUCUGCUUCAUCCUCAUUCAGCUGGUUUUGCUGAUUGAUUUUGCUCACUCUUGGAAUGAAUCCUGGGUUGAAAAAAUGGAGGAAGGAAACUCAAGGUGCUGGUAUGCAGGUGAGCUUUGUUACUUUAACCUGCUACUUUUUGUAGUUUGGGCCAACGAGUUUUUAGGACAGCAGUAACUUAAUAUUUUCGUAAGUCAACCAAAGUCUGUCUUCUAAAUGAUUAUUUUUUUUAGUCUAACGUGGGAAAACUUUACUAGAGUUUUAGAAUUUGUUGACAAAAUUACAAGAUUUCAAAUGACAAUGUUUAAAAAGUUAUUCCAGUGCAAUAUUGUGUUUUAUUUAGUCGUUUGUAAUGUUUUCUUUAGGCCCCCCCAAUUUAUUUAUUUUUAAUUUUUUAUUUUUAUUUUUUUUUUAUUUAUUUUUUAAUGUUAAACUGUUUAAAGCUUACAGGAAAUCAGGUGUCAGGCCAAGUGCUCCCGGUUCUCUUCCACGCCUUUCUUGACGUGGCACAUCGUCAUUGAUUGGGCAUGGGCACGUGCUGCAAGCGUUUGCAGUGUGGGUGACUGCGAAAACCUUACUGGUGAAAUAAGGGAAUGAGAAAGAGAGCAUUUUUAUGUUCAAAUGGUAGGACAGGAGGGCUGGAGAUCUCGGCACACUGUGAGAAAGGCUUCACUAUGCAGACUCACUCCUAGCGCUCAACAACAAAAAUUUGAAUACCACCCCAAACUAUGGUGAAAAAAGUGCACAAUGGUUACAUUAAUAUUUAUACAUGUUGCAUAACUCAGUAGAUAUAAUAAAACAUUAAGCUAUGUCUUCACAACAAUAUAUACGAAAUUCAAUAUCUAUACAGAUAAAAUAGGCAGAUUUGGGGCAAUAUUGUCUGUGCAUAUAAAUGCACUCACAAAGGUACCAAUGUAGCAAGCUCCUCACUUAUCUAGAGUAUAAACUCCUCCUUGAUCUUGAACCUCCUUAACAAUAGGCAAAAAAGAAUGGACAAAAUAGUGCAAAACUAAAAUACACCAAGAUUUUAAUAUAAAGAAUGCACUUACAAUAUUGAAGUUUAAAAUAGGCAUAUUAGCAAGGGGAAGAACCUUUUAACCCAUGCAGAUGAAAAGCACAUAGGAUCCAAAAUGGAAAUCCCUCAUCUGGAUACAGCAAUAAGCAAGCACAAUAAAACAAAAACAAAGAAAAAUCAAACACGCCAAAUGUGUUUUGUCUCAUUUGCCUGCGUGUGAAGAAUCUCAUUACAUCUGUGGCCAGCACGCUGACAGCAGACAUAAAAUAUGCAUAGAAUUGUUAUUUGGAAGCUCAGAACAAAGUCAUGUGUGCCGGGGCUAUAACAACCCCACCGAACAAAAUUGCUGAUUUCUCUAUAUGUGCUGCAUUUCAGGAUGAAACGCUGCACAUAAGGACCACUUCUAAAAGCAGAGCUAGACUUAGGUUUAUCCCAGAACCUAAAUGCACACCUACAUUUUCCUUUUUGCUCUUUCUGCUUCCUCCUUCUCUCCAAUUUGAUUACUUUUCUGCUCCUGGAGAGUGGAAAGUGCAUUUUUGACUAGGAAAAUAUGGUCUGUCUAUGCUCUGGCAUCAGAAACUGCAUCAAUACUUACUGCCCUGCAUUAUGCUGAAUCCAAGUGCAAAAACUACUUGAUUCUAAGUGUUCUGUAAACUUCAGUUUUUUUUGUUUUUUUUUCAUGAACUGCCCAGCAGCCCUUGGUUGUGACUUUGUUCAAUGGGUGGUUUAUAGUACUGUUGACGUGUCAUAAUUAAGUGUUCUUGCAUAGCAAGACCACUUAAUGUUAUCUCACAUAUAUAUAUUAUUCUUAUUUUAGCCAAAUUUACCACCCUAACUCCUCCCACAGUUUUAACACUACAUAGACAGUAAUAUACCAGAUUGUUCCCGAUUGGUGUGCUAUUACUUUGUGGAAUGUUUCACCGAAUGGUUCACGGAAUAUCGUCGUUUUUGUGGCGAAAUUGGUCCCGUAGGAAUGAAUGGCGAAAUGUUCAAAACUAGAGUGGGAGCUGACAAAAGCUGAAAAAUCAGGACAUGAUUUCUAAACUGCCACCACUCCCUCAUUUUCAAGCCCACCUACACAAAUCGUAUAUCAAAACGUUCAGCUAUCCCUGCUGCCACUAAAAAUGUUCACGGCUAAGCCGUAGUCCUGAUAGUUUUCACAAUAUGACAAUCUGUUUGCAAUUCACGCCGUCCACUCUAGCCAGCUCAAAAUUUGAAGGGCAAUUUCUAAACUGCGACUGUGUCUUCAUUGUUAAUAUUUCAGAGACAUACUAUGCAUCAAAAUGUAGGUCUGGGUCUUGUGAUUCUCACAAUAUAAAGCUUUUCGCUGUAGGAUUUAUAGUUUUUAAAAUACGACCGUUUGAAAAUGGCAACCGCCAAAGUACUCUUACCUGUGCCAGGCUGGAGCAGCAAGUGAUGUCAUAGACAGGGCCUUUUGUACACCUGCUAAUGUUUUUAUAAAUGUAUGUUUUAAUGUAACUGUUGCAAUUAAAUGUGCUAUAUAAAUAAAUAAAAGUUGAAACGCAUUUCUCACUCUAUCAAGCUUGCCAUGUGCACAUUUUAAAUUUGAUCAAUCAAUUGGUUAGUGUAAUGUUUGCUAUCUUUACUCACUCCAAACACUCCACACAGUUACUCUGCCCAGUCCAACCUUUCCACAGUUACUCCAGCCACUCCAACCAUACAACAGUUACUCAAGCCACUCCGCCCACUCCAGUUGUAGACUACUGGUGGAGGCAAGAACACUUCACACAAUUUCCCCAGAAAUUGUAGCUUUUCUAGUUAUGAAUAUCCCUAACAGAGGUGAAUACAGCAUGUCUAGUCGUUUUACGUAUAGAUUUUUAGUCACAGUCUAUGUUCUGGGACUCUUCACAACAUUUGAAUACUGCUUAAAGUUCUGUUUAUAUAUCUAAAUAUUAAUGUUUCCUACUUUUUAUCCCCACAGCAUUAUUAUCAGCUACAGGUAUAAACUAUGCCUUUUCCCUGGUCGCCAUAGUCUUAUUUUAUGUGUACUACACUCAUCCAGAAGGCUGCUAUGAAAACAAGGCUUUCAUUAGUGUGAACUUGGUACUGUGCAUUGGAGCCUCUGUGUUGUCCGUUUUGCCUAAAAUUCAGGUAUAUAUAAAUAUAUAUUUUCUUUGUAUGAAUUCCCCAUCAUUAUUUGGUUAAGUUAGAUUUCAUUGUGUAUCUGGGCUGUAUAGGAAGCACGCUCAAUAUGAUAUAUAUAUGUUUUGUUUUUUUUGAAAGAGUAGGUGUUACUUUUGGGAGGCUGCAUAUUAAUACAUAAUUUUAAAGAACUAAGAACAACUCCUGCUAUUUGUAGAGGGUUAUGUAUGGAGAGCAAGGUUCUAAAACAAUUGCAUUCAAUAAUGUUUUAUUGGUGAUCGCAUGAUGAUGAUUGCACCAUGUUGAGAAUUUAUCAAUGUUCCUUCAUACAUCACCCUUGAAGUUGUUAAGGCCUCCACUGUAGUAAUAUGUAACUAUGAAGUCAUAAAAUCAAAUCUCAGUCUUUCUAGUUGCAUAAGUAUAUGAAGAUACGAUAUGCCUCUGAUUAUCCUAUUAAAUCAAUGUGAAAUUGUCCCUUUUUAAAAUAAACGAUUCAGAUUCUUUUCUCGUUAUUGGCAGCAACGAACAAAGUGAGAGACACAGCCAGUGAGAAAAAAUUGUUACCCUCUUGUUUGCAGUCAGUGUGAGCUGAGCAGAGCAUUUCCCUAUAGCUGGAGUUGUUACCAGCUACUUUUAAACGUUCUACAGGGCACAGUGCUGAUAAUGAAGUAUAUAUUUCACAAUAUCAAGAAACCUCACUUCUUGGAAAGCUGCCACGGCUGUUCAUUAAAGAAACCCUUUAAUCUCCCCCCACCCCCCUUCAGUCACUUACCAAAAUCCAGGCCCAAUGUCAAUCAGCUGUGGGUUGCCCCCCUCCUCGACCAACGUCAGCCGAUGGGGUAGCCUAAUGCGCAUUAGAUCUUCCCCAUAGAAUAGCAUUGACUCUGUACUUUUCUAUGGGGGAUUUAGAAACAGCAGGAAAACCCUCUAGUGGCUGUCUGGGAGACUGCCACUAGAGGCAGUCUUAGCACUGCAAUGUAAUCAUUGCAGUUUCUCUAAAACUGAAACAUAAUACAUUGCAGGGCCAUGGGUGACAAGGAACAGUGCACCCAAACCACUUCAGUUGACAUCCUACAUCGUCUCUUUAAUGAAUAAGAGAUUUUAGGAAUACUUCCAUCAAAAAACUUUAUACAAUUGUGCUCAAAAUGGUACAUACAUAUAACAGGUGGAGCUCCUAAAUAAAGAUUCUGUAAAUAUUCUGCAAAAUAAAAUAUGUACAAACAAAUAGUGCAAUAUGUCUUUAAAACACUAUAUACAGAAGAGUAAAAGAGUGGUUCAACUCACAAGCCUAGAGUCAUACCCUCAUAUGACUUAAGUGGUAUGCUCCUCUGGACCAUUUGUGGGUUGUCCAAACCCUUCUUUCCCAGCGUUCUUAGCAGUAUUUCUUGUCUCUCUUGAUAGGUUCCCAAGUGUAGAAAUGCCAGGUGCAAAUGGGAUCCUUUUAAAGUGAUUUUAUUUCUUCAACAAAUAAAAAAAGAAAAAUUAAAUAAAAGCAAAGUUUAAAAGUAUUAAUACCAGAUAUUUUCUGGAUAGGCUCAAUGGUCCCAAAUAGUGUGUCCAAGUCCAAAACGCAUUUCGUCUGAUUAAAAGGCUUCCGCAGUUGGCUGUCGAGACGGGACCCAGAAGUGACGAGUACAAUCAACGAAACCGGCAAGCAGGCUAUUUAAAACAACACCACCACCACAUGGGAUACACCACAGCCAACUGAGGAAGCCUUUUAAUCAGGUGAAACGCAUUUUGGAUUUGGACCUGAUCAAAAGUUUACAUACCCUUGAGUGUUUGGCCUUGUUACAGACCCACAAGGUGACACACACAGGUUAAAAUGGUAAUUAAAGGUUAAUUUCCAAUGCCUGUGGCUUUUUAAUUUGCAGUUUGUGUCUGUGUAUAAAUAGUAAAAUGAGUUUGGUGGGUCUCACGUUGAUGUACUGAGCAGGCUAGAUACUGGGCCGUUGGGGGAGCAGAAUAGUUCUGUCAAAAAACCUGCGCAACAAGGUAAUGGAACUUUAUAAACAUGGAAAAGGAUAUGAAACGAUAUGCAAAGCCUUGAAAAUGCCAGUCAGUACUGUUUUAUCACUUAUUAAGAAGUGAAAAAUUCGGGGAUCUCUUUAUACCAAUCCAAGGUCCGGUAGACAAAGAUUUCAGCGACAACUGCCAGAAGAAUUGUUUGGGAUACAAAAUAAAACCCACAGGUAACCCCAGGAGAAAUGCAGGCUGCUCUGGAAGAAGACAGUGUGGUUGUUUCAAGGAGCACAAUAGGACGAUACUUGAACAAAAAUAAACUGCAUGGUCGAGUUGCCAGAAAGUAGCCUUUACUGCGCCAGUGCCACAAAAAAGCCUAGUUACAAUAUGCCCGACAAUGCCUUGAUACGCCUCACCACUUCUGGCACACUGUAAUUUGGAGUGACGAGACCAAAAUAUGGUCUCAAUCAUAAGUGCUGUGUUUGGAUAGGGGUCAACAAGGCCUAUAGUGAAAAGAAUACCAUCCCCAACGUGAAGCAUGGUGGUGACUGAUGUUUUGGAGGUGUGUGCGCUCUAAAGGCAAGGAAAUCUUGUGAAAAUUGAUGGCAAGAUAAAUGCAGCAGGUUAUCAGAAAAUACUGGCAGACAAUUUGCAUUCCUAUUCUGCGCAUGGGAUGCUCUUGGAUUUUCCAGCAUAAUGACCCUCAGCACAAGUCCAAGUUGACCCUCCAGUAGUUUCAACAGAAAAGGGUGAAUGUUCUGGAGUGGCCAUUAGUCUCCUGACCAUAUCAUCGAACCACUCUGGGGAGAUCGCAAACGUGUGGUUCAUGCAAGACGAUCAAAGACUUUGCAUGACCUGGAGGCAUUUUGCCAAGGUGAAUGAGCAACUAUACCAUCUGCAAGAAUUAGGGGCAUUAUAGACCACUAUUACAAAAGACUGCACACUGUCAUUGAUGCUAAAGGGGGCAAUACAGAGUAUUAAGAAUUAAGGUUAUACAGACUUUUGAACAGGGGUCAUUUAUUUAUUUUUUUUCUUUCUUAGUUGCCAUUUUAUGUUUGUGCCAUUCUGUUAUAACCUACAGUUAAAUAUGAAUCCCAUAAAAAAUAAAAGAAAUGUGUUUUGCUUGCUCACUCAUAUUUUCUUUAAAAAUUGUACUUACAUUACUAAUUCUCCAAGGGUCUGAAAACUUUUGAGCACAACUGUAUGUAUCACAAACUCCUUCUUUAAAGUAGUACUCUCGUCUCAUAGCGACUUCAGCUCAUUUAUGUGGUUAUGAGAGCAGGAGUGUCUGGUCACUGUUACAAUCAAGGGCUAAACCAUUUUGCAAUUGCACCUCUGCUCCAAGCUUCCUUAUUCUCUGGUUGCAGUAUAAUGAAGGUUUGAUUUGGCCAGUUAUGAGAGCAGGAAUGUACAAGCACCCAUUGGGAGAAAUAGCACACACUGAAGUUAAGACGGCAGCCGGACAGUCAUGUAACUAUAACAUCUUAACUUAAAUUGCUAUGAGAGUGGCGCUGUUCCUUCCAUGUGGUCUUCAUAAUACAUUUUAUAUUCCUCUAAUAUUUAUGCAUUACUUAACCUAUGCCAUGUGUGCUGUUGUUGAUGCAGUAGCUAUUUACUGUCUGAAAAAUAUUUUUUGUAUUUUAGGAAUCACAGCCCAGAUCUGGCUUACUUCAGUCUUCAGUUAUUACUGUUUACACCAUGUAUCUUACUUGGUCAUCUAUGACUAAUGAGCCAGGUAAUAAAAAUACAUUUGAAAUAUAUAAAAUCUAACAGAAAAACUGUGCUAGAAAGCUAACUAUGUGAAAUAAUAGCCUGGACUUGAAAAAAAAGAAAAAAAAACCUAUCAAUAAAGGCUUGUGAAUUAGUAAAACAGUGUUUUGAGACUGAUUUUCAAAACGGAUUGCAAAAUGUAACCUAAUAUAGCCAAGCUAUAGCAUCGUCAGAGAAUGUUUCCAAUUAUACUAUUUCAGCCUAAUCAUGUCUCUUAAUUGGUACAGAUUUAGAUAAUUUCAAGUAAGUUCCUGUUUUUUCUUAAUGCCUCCUAGAUAGGAAAUGCAACCCAAGCCUCUUAGGAAUAAUUGGCUACAACACUACAAGCGUUCCAGUGAAAGGUCAGAUGGUGCAGUGGUGGGAUGCCCAAGGAAUAGUGGGGCUUAUUCUCUUCUUGCUGUGUGUCCUGUACUCCAGGUAAUGGGGCAUUUUGUAGGAUACAUUUUUUUUUUUUCCAACUCCCACUAAUAAAUAUAGAGGCAAGGGUGGUAUGCACUGAAAGUGUACACUAUAUUAUAGUGAUUCGUCUGGUUUUUUCCGCCUAUUGUACAUUGCUGCAGGAUGUGUUGGUGAAAAAUAAAUACCAAAUAAUAAAAAUUGAUUAUGCCGUAUUUCAGCAGUGUCAAAUAGUUUGAUUCUUUGAAGGACAUGCAUGAAAAUACUAAUUUGCCUUCUUUUGGUUUAUCAAAUAGUUUCAUUCAUAGGUUGUUUUGUUUUUGUGUUUUUCUUUAUUUUUAAUAUUGAAGCGAUUUGCAGACACCCCUGCUGCAACAUUGUGUCUCAUGAAAACCCAGGAAAGAUUGCAUUUCACUUUCAUGCCAUUUAUAUGAAUGACAAGUAAUUAAGGUGUUUCACAGAAUAUAGCAUAGGUUGUUAUGGUGCUUGGAAUUUGCAUUAUUAUGUAGAAGUGUAUGUGGUUUUUAUUUAAAUGUAACAUGACAUUAUCUUUUACCUUAUAUACAGCAUUCGUACAUCUUCCAAUAGUCAAGUGAACAAGCUAACUCUUACUAGUGAUGAGGCAACUCUUAUAGAAGAUGGAGGUAGCAGGAGUGACGGUGAUUCAGAUGAUUCUCACAGAGCUGUGGAUAAUGAGCGUGAUGGGGUUACCUACAGCUAUUCAUUCUUCCAUUUCAUGCUUUUCCUAGCAUCUCUCUAUAUCAUGAUGACACUCACCAACUGGUACAGGUAAGUCCACGAGAUGUAAUUGUGUUACAUAUUUAAACGUAGAAGGCGUUUCUAAUUUUUCACUAUAAUCAUGAAAUAGAAAGUAGAAUUUGAAAAGGCAGUAGAGGUAUCCAGGAGAUGUCCAUGCUGCCAAAUGACUUACAAAAUGAAACAGUGGCAUUGAGUUAUACUUUAAUAUAACCCUGUGUGUAGGUCUUGCUAGUAGCUGUGGAUGUCAGAUCUGUCUGUCUCUAAUAGAUAUACAUGCUUUCAAAUGGGGGAAGAAGAGGGAGUGUGUGUAUUGGAUACAGAGAGAGAUAGAUGCAGAUCAUAUAUAAGUAUAUUUGUUUAGGCCUACCAUUGUUAUAUCAUAGGCCCAUACAGCACCAACAAUUUACACUUACUAAAAAUUAUAUAAAGACUGUCCCAAUUGCAGCUUACUGACAAUCACCGUCAUUGGCAGUGAUGAACUCUAACUAAGAACUGUAAUGUAAUAUAAAAGAUACAUAACGGCAAAGUGUCUAUUAUGGGAAUAUAACACAUUUAUAAGGUGUUUGAGAGGCUCUCCACACUGAUGAAGUGGCAUUAUUUCCCAUCCUACAUGCUUUGUAUCUUUUUUUUGUUGCAUAAGAGAUUUUGGUUUGGGUUGUGUAGUAGUAAAUGGAUUGUGUUUGUGAACUGCAGUGUAGUGGCCUUUAUUGUGAGGGUAGCACUUGGAUAUGCAUGUCUCAGUGCUCCUUGUGAUUAGCGGGAGUGCCAGGUAGAAGCUGACACUCUGGAAUGCAACUCCCAUUAAUCUUGUUUAAACUGGACAUGUGUCCUUAAUGUACCUGAGAUUAGGGCACCUGAACUGCACGUAGAUUAAUAAUUCAUUAUGGAGAACAAAUGCACAUGUGAUGUAAUACAAUUUAAACUAUAUAGUUUUUAGUAGUUGUGGAUUGGGAUGUAACAUAAUCUGAGAUCACAGUUCCUCUUCAACACAAUAUUAGUUCAGAUUUAAGUAUCUUGGUACUUUAUAAAAAGCUUGCCUGUCAUUCACACGUUUAUCUAUUUUGUUUUUUCUUUUUUUUUCUUUCUUCCAGUCCUGAUUCUUCUUACGAGACAAUGACCAGUAAAUGGCCAGCUGUUUGGGUGAAGAUCUCCUCCAGCUGGGUGUGCAUUGUGCUAUAUGUGUGGACACUGGUUGCUCCAUUGGUGCUUACCAACCGUGAUUUUGACUAGAUGAAAUGGAGUACAUGAUUUCAAUAUGUCUUUGUGUGCCAGGAGCACCAGGCUAUAUAGUAGCUUUUGCUGUUUCUGCAUGUCCUUUUGUUAGCAUUUCACAUAGUGCAUGAUGUUGCGGUGUAUGUACAAUAAGGCUAGAACUUUUGAAGCUACACUCCAUAGAUCACAUAUCCUAUUGUAUUAAUGUGUAAUCACUAGUGUUCUACCAAAUCUUUGCUCUACUAUACACAAGUUGAUGGUGUGCAGUGUUAAACAAACCUUUUAAACCUUUUGCUGCCACAUUAACCUAUCAGCAUUUGCACUUUUCACUAGAAGAGUCAAAACUUUGCCCUUUUAGUUUUUCAUAAAAUGCCUCAAAAAUUGUACGUCAUUAUAUACGUAACACAUUUUAUUGCCCUAAUUUUUAAUAUAUUCAUAUAUUGUUUUUUGAAAACUGCUGGGAUUAUUUUUGGUUGGGUGGUGUUUUUUUUUUUUUUUUUCUCUCCUAAAGAUAAGAAAUCAAAUAGAUUCUUCAGUGUCAAGUCAGAAGAAGAAAGAACACACAGUUCUUAGUUCUGUAACUUAAUUCAUAUUUUAAAUGUGUUUGAGUACAAACUUUAUUGUAUGUUGGUUAAAAGCAGAUACUUUUUGUGCAGUGAAAAUGUGCAAUUUUGAUAUUGUAUUAAUGUGCUGAAACAAAUGUUUAUUGUAAAAUAGCCAUGUAUUAUCUAGUCACUAGACUUGCUUCUAUUUUCUUUUGCAUUGAUGGACAGGAGCCAAGGUCAGAUUAUUGUAGUUGCAGAACAGAACUCUAGAUAAGACUGUACAACUUUGUUUUGAAUUAACUUUGUAAUCUAUAUUGUCUUAAUAAAAUAAGGCAACAUAUAAAA